AUGGGCCCCUGUACCGCCUCCUCAUGCUGCUGCCAGGCCCGUAAUCUGCCAUGGGCCCCCGUACCGACUCCUCAUGCUGCUGCCAGGCCCGUAAUCUGUCAUGGGCCCCUGUACCGCCUCCUCAUGCUGCUGCCAGGUCCAGAGUGUGUCAUGGUCCCUGUACGGCCUCCCAUUGCUGCUGUCUCCAUCGCCACACUCUGCCAUGUGCCACUUUCAGGUCUCCUCACACUGCUGGUGGGUUCCAUUUUGUCAUAGGGUGCUGUAUGGCCUCCCAUUGCUGCUGCCUCCACCGCCACACUGUGGCUCCACACUCUGGUUUUGGCCCCGUGACUGCCCAAAUGAGUGAAGUGUGCGGUGAUUCUAAGAUCGACGGCACUCAUCUGCAUGUCAUACUGACUGACAGUAUUAUUUCUCUUCCCCAGCAGACUCCAAGGGCAUUUAAAUUAAAGGUACAGUGUUCUGCACUAAUAUAA